UAUGACAUUUUGAAUUGUCAUUAAUGUCAGAUCAUCAUCUUACUUCGGUAUUUUCUUGCGAAUUUAUCCAAAGUGUAUUCAAAAUAACCUCGCAUUUUAAGCAAUAUACGAGUUUAAAUUGAUAUUUAAAUGUCUGUAGACACAGAAAAUGACUUUUCAGACUUUAAAUUACCACCGAUAUUUGAAGACCUUAAUGAAAGGGUUAAAGACUAUCUUUUGAAGCCGGAAAGGCUUUCAAUACAUCAAUGGGAGCGUUCACAAUCAAACUGGCAUCGCGAAAGCAAUGUCGAUUCGCUAUUUAUUUAUGAUGACGACGAUUUUGGACCCGACACCACUCUUGAGGUGGUCAGAGAUCCACUUACAGGUGAAAUAACAGGUUUAGAAGAAGUGAGUAUCCCAGUGGAAGAUGAUGAGGACAACCUGUCCAUGUCAAGGGCUCCUUUGCCCCCCAGCAUGGCUACCAGGGGUACUACCACACAGAGUCCAUUCCUACCAGCAGGAUUUGAAGAGGAGUUGGAGAAAAUGCUCGCUGAAGCUGCCAGUGGAGAUGUCAAUAUAGACCUGGAUAAUGAAGAGCCUGGCAAGUUUUUGGGUGAAGAUAUCCUAAACACAGCACCUGGAUGUAAGGAAACUGUACUGUUUGCGGAUGAUGGCUUCACGCUGCUCAAUGCUCCCAAGGAAGAUAAGUCAUCGGAGGACAAAGAAAGUGUUGAUAUACAUGUGAAGAUCAACUUGGAAGAAGUAGUUGAUAACAAUGCUCAUUUAGUGGAUCUCUGGAAAGAAGAGGAAGCGUUAGAAAGUAAACCCCAGAAACCUGUUAAGAAACUAGAACUGGAUAGUGACCCAGAUAAUGACAACUUCCUCGAAGCUACCAUCAUCAGACCUCCAAUAGAACUGCCGGAGCUACCAGUGUUGAAUAUCACCAGCUCAGCGGCGAAGACAGGAGUCACGUCCACUGAUUGGGCGGAGAUGAUUGAUGUGUCACAACCUGUACCAGAGUUCAGAGAAAAGAUUAAAGAUAUGGCGCAAACCUAUCCGUUUGAAUUGGAUAAUUUCCAGAAACAGGCUAUACUAAAACUAGAGGAGGGUCACCACGUGUUUGUGGCGGCGCACACGUCGGCCGGUAAAACUGUAGUGGCUGAAUAUGCUAUAGCCAUGUCCAGGAGAAAUUGCACCAGAGCAAUCUACACAUCCCCAAUUAAAGCGUUAUCGAAUCAAAAAUACAACGAUUUCAACAAAAUGUUUGGUGAAGUGGGACUUCUGACGGGCGACUUGCAAAUCAACGCGACAGCGCCCUGCCUUGUGAUGACAACUGAGAUUUUGAGGUCUAUGCUGUAUUGCGGGUCUGAUGUUACCAGGGACCUCGAGUUUGUGAUCUUUGAUGAGGUUCAUUACAUUAAUAAUGCUGAGCGUGGUUACGUGUGGGAGGAAGUAUUGAUCCUGCUGCCUGCGCACGUGAGUAUCGUGAUGCUGAGCGCCACGGUGCCCAACACGCUGCAGUUCGCCGACUGGGUGGGCCGCACCAAGAAACGGAAGGUCUACGUCGUCUCCACGCCCAAACGACCUGUUCCACUGUGCCAUUAUCUCUAUACAGGAACUGGUGGGAAGUCUAAGAACGAGAGGUUCCUAGUAGUAGACCAGGAAGGAAACUUCCAGCUGCGGGGUUACAAUGAGGCGGUGGCCGCUAAGAAGGCGAGGGAGAAUGAGUACAAAAAGAAUUUCGGCCCGAAAGGAGGCAAAAUGUACCAGAAUCCCAAGGCUGAACAAACGAUGUGGGUCGCUUUCAUCGAUCACUUGAAGCAGCAAGACAAGCUGCCGGUGGUCGCAUUCACAUUGUCUCGUAACAGAUGCGAUCAGAACGCUGAAAACUUAAUGUCAGUAGAUUUAACAACUGCUAAAGAAAAGGGACAUAUCAGAUCUUUCUUCCAAAAGUGCCUGCAGAGGCUUAAGGAACCUGACAGAAGAUUACCACAGGUUAUAAGGCUACAAAGGGUGUUGGAGAAUGGUAUCGGAGUCCACCACAGUGGUAUAUUGCCACUGCUGAAGGAAAUCGUUGAGAUGUUAUUCCAGUCUGGUUUUGUGAAAAUCCUAUUUGCGACGGAGACAUUCGCGAUGGGCGUGAACAUGCCGGCGAGAACUGUAGUGUUCGAUGAGACCACUAAGUACGAUGGACUGCAGAGACGUGUUCUCGCACCCGCCGAGUACAUACAAAUGGCGGGCAGAGCCGGGAGGCGAGGUCUCGACGACACGGGCACUGUGAUCAUCCUGUGCAAGGAAGGAGUGCCUGACUUGGUCACCCUCAAGGGCAUGAUGCUGGGCAUCCCACAGAAACUAUCCUCACAGUUCAGGCUCACAUACGCUAUGAUACUCAGUUUGUUACGAGCUGCAACGGUAUCAGUGGAAGGUAUGAUGCAGCGGUCGUUCAGAGAAUUCAACCAGAUUUGUCAAGCGGACAACUAUAGGAAGCAGCUGCAACUAGCCGAGAAGGAAUACUCAGAGAAAUGUAGUACACCGCUGGCUUCACACUUAGCACCGCUAGCAGCCUUCUAUGACACGGCAGCAAUGUACAUCGAUGUGUUGAAUGAAAUCAUGCCGAUACUCCUUGGUACAGCGAAGAUUUCAAAGGAAAUGACGCCUGGUAGAGUUCUCGUGGUGUCUGCUGGACCUUACAUGAACCAACUUGGUGUAUUGUUGAAUAAUAAUGGUCCAAGACAGACUCCAUACAAGGUGCUUCUACUCGACACGAAGGUACAGGAUAACGCCAAAUACAACUUCGAGAUAGACGAGAACUGGUACAGAAUACUCAGUUUCUCCGCUAUGUAUAGCAGUAUAGGUACUGAAGAAAGUACCCUAGACCACACCAUAUUAUGUAUUGCACCCAAAAAUAUAGUUUCUGUUACAAAAAUGAGCCUGAAAAUCGACCCCAAGGUCAUUAUAGAUGAUUGGGAAAAGAGACAAAUUCCAAGGUUCAAAGAUGCGCCCGUCGGCUCAAGCUGCGCGACCGCAGUACAAGAGCUAUCCCGAAUCUCACACGCCGUAUGCUCCGGAGCCACGACGCUGGAACUCGUCAACUUGACGCAGUCUCUUGCAAUUACCACGGGAGAAAUACUCUCUUCUAUAGACAAGAUGAACAAAUGCAUGAAUGAAUUGAAGGAACAUAAGAAAAGUACGGACAUAGCCAACUUUAAGUCAGAGUUCGCGAUAGUGUACGAGCGUAAGCUGACUGAGCGGAAACGGGACAAGUAUAAGCGUUUGCUGUCGUUCGAGAACCUCGCUCUGUACCCUGAUUACCAACGCCGACUGAUGGUGCUGCGCGAGCUCAGCUAUAUCGAUGAACAUGACAGUGUUAUACUUAAAGGUCGUGUGGCAUGCGGUAUGGGUACAAACGAGCUAAUAAUCUCCGAGCUAGUGUUCAGGAACGUGUUCACAGACAAGACGCCGGCGGAGAUAGCAGCGUUACUCAGUUGUUUCGUGUUCCAAGCCAGGACGCAGGUGGAAAACCAGCUCACUGACAAACUGGCUGAGGGCGUCAAGGCUAUCGAACAAAUCGAUGCUGAACUCACUGCUAUUGAAUCUAAGUAUUUGGUCGGCCAAUUUGAAGGGCAAGCAGAAAGACUGAACUUUGGUCUCGUGAGAGUAGUGUAUGAGUGGGCGUUAGAGAAACCGUUCGCGGAGAUCAUGGACCUCACUGAUGUGCAGGAAGGUAUCAUAGUCAGGUGUAUCCAGCAGCUGCAUGAGUUACUAGUAGACGUGAAAGACGCAGCCGUGGCAGUCGGCGACCCGAAACUCCAAGCCAAAAUGAUGGAGGCAUCCACAGCCAUCAAAAGAGACAUUGUAUUCGCAGCCAGCUUAUACACCACGCAAAAAGAAACGGUCACUACAUAAUUAUAGAGUCCCAUUUGCAAUAUACUUUAUUUUUAUAGAUCAAAAUGCUUAGCCUGAACUUAUUUUUUUUUAUUUCCGAAGUUAAGAAGCAUUUUUGUUUUGGUUGUGUUUUUUGGGCCACUGAUUUUGGUUUUUUUUUUAAUGAAAUGAUUUUUCUAUAUAAAUAUCCAGCUUAUGUAGACAAUAGGCCAAUUUUAAGACUGUUCGAAUUAUAUUAUAUACAUAUUUGUUAUACCAUGCGCAAAUACUUGCGCACCAACACAAUGCACAAUGGGGCUUAUCGUAUUUUUACUCACCAGAUGGCACUAGUAGAACUGUCGUUUUUCCUCCAAUACUAAAUUAGCUAGUGCGACACCAUAGGUCGUUCAGUAUUAGUCAGCUGCAGUGAUUGGACAAAAAAAACCUCUUCCUACAUUUGCGCCAUCUGGUGAGCAAAAAAAACCGUAUUCCCCAUUACUUUAACGUUCAAUUUUCCACUGUCCAAUUCUUUUUUGACCCUGUGAGAAAAAAAACAGAAGCGUUGUAGUAUUUGAGUACCUUAUCUUACAAUUAACUGUUCGUGUGCCGGAACUCGGAUCCACACAAGACACAAUGUGUUUUCUAUUGUUGUCUUAUAUACUAGGGGCAACUACCCAAUUGCUAGCACUGCACCAAAUUAUCAGCACUCUGAAUAAAUCGACCAAUUCUAAGGUUUUCACUCACUAAUUUGGGUUACCACACUUAUAAAUAAAUAAAUGUAUGUUUUUGGAAUCCUGCUAUUGGGAAAUUCAUACUUUGAGACCUCAAAUUGGUGGAAAUUAUGUAAACAAACAUUUGUGUCUUGCAGUUUCUUCUGUUUUUGCCUGUUUCUUGUGAUCGCGCGUAAGUUCAUGUGUUUAAAUUUUAUGAUAUAUCGUAUAUUUUACAAAUUUAAUAUUGAAACUAAUGAUUUCUCUGAUAUUUGAGAUAAUUUUUGAUGAUAAUCUGAAGAGUAGAAUUUGAGGUUCUGGUAAUUAAUUGGUAAAAUACGUAGUGCUGAUAAAUGGAACGAAUAUUUUGUAAAUUCUAAAUUAUCAGCACUGGUGCUGAUAAAUGGAAAAAAGUACAUAAAUACUAAUUUCAUAUUUUUUAAUGUAAAUUAUGUUUAUUUUAUGCAAAGAAUUAAUUUUGUUAUGUAAAAGUAGUUUAUACCAUCAAAAUCCAAAUGUUAGCAUGGUGCUGAUAAUUGGAUCAGAAGCAUGCUGAUAAAUUGGUUUCCCUAGAAUUUCAUCAUCUCUUCUUAUUUCUUUCUAUUUAUUUUUUCUCUUCUUAUUUUUUGUUUUAUUACCAGUAAUAUUAGCAAAAGAUUUUGUAGAUGGUAUGCAAGCUACGACAACUUCUAUAACAAAUAAACAAUGUUAUAAUAAUACUGGAGAUUGUCUUAGUAGUGCGCAAUUGGUAUGUCUUGAUAGUCAACAAUAUUUACUAACACCAGUCAAAUUACAGGACAUUAUGAUUACUAAAAAACCAUCUGAACGGAAAGGUGUAAAAAAAAGAUAUUGACUUGGCCAUCGUACGUAAUCAUGCAAUAGACCAUCGUAAUUCGUUGCCAUGAAAUAGACUAAACAAUUUAAUACGAGAAAUGUCAACAAAAGUAGGUAUACUUGUGUUUUCAUGCGAUGGCCAAGUCAAUUUAUUUUAUUUAAAACGUAAAAUUAAUGUAAUAUUGAUAUGAUAACAAUUUACAUUAUAACUUAAGACAGAAGGUCUCUUAAGUAGGGACUAAAUAAAAUAACCGACUUGGUAUUACAUGGAUCUCACAUUUUUUUACGGUACCUACAUAAACUGAUGAGGUGCGCGACUUGGAUUUUUUUACAGAAUGUUUUUGAUGGUAUCUCACUUCUUUUUGUAGAUUCAAUUAUUCCAUUAAACAAUAAAAUGUAACUGCAUCAAUAGCUUUGUAAUCUCAUACAUUUAUAUGGGUUUACAAAGUUAUUGGUCUGAUGAAAUUGUAACUGUAUCAAAACUUUGUAACCCCAUACAUUUUUAUAGGAUUACAAAGUUAUUGAUGCAGUCGAUGUAUCUAAAAAACUGAAUUUACUGACAGACUGACUGAAUUUACAAAAUAUUUGAUUUUUCCCUUGAUGUAGGUACUAAAUACUAAUUUUAUGCAAAAAUUUUAAGCUUCUAUGUCUGUUAAAAGUGCCUUAUACUUUUGAUGAUCUGUCAGUCAGUGACAAAAUUUCGAAACUUUAACGUGUUAUAAUUCUUAAAGUAAUGGUUAAAAUUUAAUGAAAAUUCAAAUAUACCAUGUUUGUACAAUGCCUGCUUAGUAUUUAAAAAUUCAGGCUUCUUGUUUUAUCCACAAUGAAGUUAUAGGCGGUCGAAAUUGGCCUGAAUGGCUACGAGAAAAGGAUGGUACGGCCGUGACGCUUUUUUUUUGCUCGACUUAUACAGAUAAAAGUAUUAUUAGAUGAUAAGUAAUUGUCUUGUUAUCUACUUACUAAUUAUAUAAAAAAUAAAUAAAAACAGAUUUUAAUAAUGUGACUAAUUUUUUUUUAUGUAAUUCCUAACAGUGAUAGUGAGGUGCUGAUAAUUGGGUUGCUCUAUGCUAGUAAUUGGUGGAGAUGGUGCCAGUAAAUGGUGACAGACCCAUUUUUUAUUCUUACUUGUCUAAAUAAUCUUGGAUAGAGGUCAAUCGUGUUUUUCUUUUAUUAUCGUCUUCCUUAUUAAAUAUUAUAACUAUAAAAUUUGCCUUAACGGACAAAAGCCUUUUUUUCACAAUAAUAAAUUGGCUUAAAUUAGGACUAACUCUUAAAGUGCUGAUAAUUGGGUACUUUACACUACUUACUACUAUUUUAAAUACGAGAGGUUAAGCGGCAUUUUUUGUUUAUUGUAGUAGUUAGAUCCGCUUUAUGGUCAUAAAACACACAUUUACUUAUUUUUAUUUUUUAUUUUUACCUUAUGAAAAUAUUUAUUUAUGAUUCCUACUUAAAUGUUAUGUAUAUUUUUUUUAUUACGUUGUUACGCAUGCAUGCCCAUGAUUGAUUUGCUCUCCAUAAAAAUAAAAUGUUGCAUUUUUA